GCUGGCGGCCGUGGCGGAGUGGAGCGGAGCGCAGGGGAGGGGACGGGCGGGCGGCCGGCAGCGCCGAGGGAGUGAGUCACCUGACCGCCGCUUGCAGCUUGCAGUCGGGCCGCGCCGCGCCUCGGCUCCGGUCGGUGACAGUUAGAAGCAUGCUUUCCACUGCUCUCCCUGAUCCCGUCUGCCACCCAGGAUGUCUGUGAGUGAGAGCGCAGUGUUUGCCUAUGAGUCCUCCGUGCACAGCACCAACGUCUUGCUCAGCCUCAAUGACCAGCGGAGGAAGGACGUGCUGUGCGAUGUCACUGUCGUGGUGGAGGGCCAGCGGUUCCGAGCCCACCGCUCGGUGCUGGCUGCGUGCAGCAGCUACUUCCACUCGAGAAUCGUAGGCCAGCCUGAUGCUGAGCUCACCAUCACACUGCCUGAAGAGGUGACGGUUAAAGGAUUUGAACCUUUGAUUCAGUUUGCCUACACUGCCAAGCUCAUCCUAAGCAAAGACAACGUGGACGAGGUGUGCAGGUGUGCGGAGUUCCUGAGCGUGCACAAUAUCGAGGAGUCCUGCUUCCAGUUUCUCAAGUUUAAGUUUCUGGACUCCACCGCGGAGCAGCAAGAAUGUGCAAGGAAAAAAUGCUUCUCCCCCCACUGUCAGAAAGCAGACUUUAAAAUCUCACUUUCAGACCAGAAAGAUCUAGAAAUCAUUGAAGCAGAGGAGUACUUGGAAAAGAAAAGUAUUCAGGCCCCUCAGUGUGACCCGCAAAGGUGUCAGGGCAAUGUGAAAGCAUUGCCCUCUCUCCAGGACAGUGCCAGUCAGACGUGCCAGGCCAUGUGCUUGGAGAAGGAUGGAGCCCUGGCACUGCCAUCUUUGUGUCCCAAGUACAGAAAAUUCCAGAAAGCGUUUGGAACUGACAAGAUUCGUACUCUAGAAUGUGGCAUCAAAGAUGUCCAUGCUGCUUCUGUCCAACCAAACGAGACAUCUGAACUCGAGUGUUUGGGGGGAGCACAAGGCUUUGCAGAGUUACAAGUGAUUUUAAAAUGUGAAGGAGCGAAGCCAGCCAUGGAGAGUGAGGAGACAAAGCGCAGAGACCCUACCCCUCAGUGCCCCGUGGCGCAGACAGAAGCGGCUCCUUUCCCUCACUGUUCUGCAGACCCUCACGGGCUCUAUUCCCUGCCACUCCUACAGGCAUACGACCAGUCGGGUGACUUGGGCUUUGCUGGGGUGCAAAGCAAAACAGUGAAAGCAGAGAAACCUUUGUCAGCUCCAGAUGCACAGGAAGAGAAACCGUUCAGUGAAAAUCAGGAUUUAUACCUGAAAUCUGAGACGGGCCCCAAAGAAGACAGCAGCAGCCUUACUUCUGGUGAUCGGAGUAGCGUGGAGAGGGAGGUGGCGGAGCACCUGGCCAAAGGCUUUUGGAGUGACAUUUGCAGCACAGACUCGACUUGCCAAACGCAGUUGUCACCUGCUGCGGCCAAGGAGGGCUCAGAACAGGGCUUCUCGCAAAGGCGGUCCGAGUGUCCCUGGUUGGGUAUCAGGAUCAGCGAGAGCCCAGAGCCAGGCCAGCGGACUUUCACAACUCUCAGUUCCGUCAACUGCCCCUUUAUAAGUACUCUGAGUUCUGAAGGCUGCUCGAGCAACUUGGAAAUUGGAAACUACGAUUACGUGGCAGAGCCUCCGCAGGAGCCUUGUCCGUACACUUGCGUGAUCAGCCUGGGCGAUGACUCUGAGUCUGACACAGAAGGUGACAGUGAGUCCUGUUCUGCCAGGGAGCAGGAAUGUGAGGUAAAACUGCCAUUUAAUGCUCAGCGAAUAAUCUCGCUCUCGCGGAAUGACUUCCAGUCCCUGUUGAAGAUGCACAAACUGACCCCAGAGCAGCUGGACUGUAUCCACGACAUCCGCAGGAGGAGUAAGAACAGAAUUGCCGCGCAGCGCUGUCGCAAGAGGAAACUGGACUGUAUUCAGAACCUUGAAUCAGAAAUCGAGAAGCUGCAAAGUGAAAAGGAGAGCCUGCUGAAGGAACGAGAUCUCAUCUUGUCGACGCUGGGUGAAACAAAGCAGAACCUGACGGGACUUUGCCAGCAAGUGUGCAAGGAAGCUGCUCUGAGUCAGGAGCAGAUUCAGAUCCUCGCCAAGUACUCGGCCUCAGACUGCCCGCUUUCUUUUCUAAUUUCGGAGAAAGGAAAAAGUACUGAUGGUGAACUUGCUUUUCCUUCAGUUUUCGGCGUGUCUGAUGGGCCACCCCCCUGUGGACCAGGGAGCAGCAAGGCAGGCCAGGAACCAGGGCAGGAGUCCCAGACAACCGCGCCAACCACCGCAGCCGCCCUGGAGCAGGCCACACUGUUGGAGCCCUGUCGGCAGAGUGGCGGGAUCGCAGACUUCUGCCAGCAGAUGACUGACAAGUGCACUACUGAUGAGUGAACCGCGAGCGUCCUCCAGCCGUGGAUUUCCUACUGAAGUUUGGGCGUUGUCUUGCGAGCCGCGCAUGGCCGUGUCUUCUUGCUUUCAGUAGCCUUGCUUCCCCCGGUAGCUUUCUGGAGAGGGAAUUGAAUUUCUCUUCUAAGGUGACCCUGAGUUCUCCUUGGUUUUCACAGAAGACAUGACAUGAUUUACCUCUUGGAUGCCGAAAAAAAAUCACAUGUGAAAAUGUAGAGUAAUAAUCUCCCAGUGUUCAAAAUAAUUAAGAUAGUGAAAACUGCAGGGUCCGCUUCAACAGCUGGCAGCAUCUGCACCCAGCCCUCCUGGACUGUGGAAGCUCAGUAAUCUACCUUUUGACAGAAUACUGAUCAGAAAGAAAAGUUCUCCCCAAGCAGUGAGGUGGCGAUCUACCCAGAAGGGGCGUGUCAGCACUGAGUGUUUGUGUAGAGCUGUCACGGGGAAAAGAACUCUCACGCUCCUACCAAAGUCCAGCCCGGACUGGACCCGGUGACCUGCGGCUGCCCCGGUGGUGACCUGCGGCUGCCCCGGCAGGACUUAGUGAAGGGCCACAGCGGCCUGUGCUGGAGGCCUCCCCUCCUCAAUACUGACUAAGAGUUUCUGUCUGCACCAACACUAGAGAGUUGUCAUUUCCCCUGCUCUCUCCUUUGAUCCUGUCUGCAGUUCCUGCCAUGUCUAGGCCACUCACGGACUUCCUGUUCCCUUCUGUUCCUGUCCCUUGGAGGAAGAAAUGGGAGUUAGGCUGAGUGGCCUGAGUGUUCACAAGUUGGACAGAACCACAGUUGCCACGGAUCUGGAGACCACACUGCACGAGGCCAUUCAUCGUCUCGUUGCCGAUCACCGAUGCCCAAGAGGGCACUAGGAUGUGUGUGUGUGUGUGUGGGGGGGGGGUAUCUACGUUGACCAGAGGUGCAGCUCGCUGGCAUCCUAAGGAGGAGCUGCGGUCUGUAAAAAGCUCUGUUGGAGCAAGCAUGGAGCCACAGCUCUGCUGGCAUUUGAAACCAUAAAAUUUGUGCUCAGUCCAUUACGGGCUUGCACUUGAGAAGCAGAUUGAACUCUGUUAUCCCUGCCCCCCAAUUUGGUAUGGUGUAAAGGCACGUGCAUCACUUUGACUUGGACAUGGCCAAGUCAAUCUUGUGCUUAUUUUAAUGUUAGUAGAAAAUGAAUUUAUAAUAAUCUGAGCAUCUACUCCAUAACAUUUUGCAGUGAUUCUUGGUUGUUCUGGAAUCUCACACUAUAGACCUCAGCAGUAGAAACAAAGCAUCAUAUAUACAAGUUCAAUAUCCCUAUUCAAGGAAUGUGAAAUGCCUUAAAAUUGGAAACGUUCUGAGUACCUAGCUGAUAGCAGACGUGGGGUAUUCCAGUCCUGAGUUCAUGAGGUGGGCCACAGGCAAAAGAGGAUAUUCAGAAUCUUCUGAGAGCUUCUUUAGGAUACAUGUGUAAGGUACAUGGGAACUUCAUUAGGACUUUAUGGGAGGGUCUUAUCUUCAAGCUAACUGUAGAAGCUUCUACAUUCUGUAGAAGUGGAUAUUUGACAAACAGGAAAAAUCUGAAGUGUGAAGCACCUGUGCUCUCAAACAUCUUGAUAAGGGGGUCUCUCAGGACGCUCCCGGGAGUGUUUGUAGAGUUGUGCUUAAAGGAACAGUCAAUAGGAUGCCAUCUCUCACUGACGCUCAUCUUCACUGCAUGCUGCGUCCAGUGAGAGCCUAGAGAGGGAAAGAGAGGGCGAGAGCACGCCAAGAGCCACCUGAGUGCGGUGUCAUGUCGGUAGGUACCUAGCUGGUGCUUGCCGUGAGGAGGUACGGGACCAGCUUCAGUAUGAUUAGUUGUCAUGAUGCCCUUCUCUCCUGGGUGCAGGGAGGGAGGGAGAAUAGUGUGUAUUUUAUCUUUGGAAGAGAAAAUGAAAUUGAAAUUAUCUUCUAGAAACUUUGAAAAGUCCCCUCUGUUUGUCUGGGAGAGAACGCUCCCAGACGAAGCAUCCCAUGUGACAAAGAGCUGUGUAUAUAUGUAUAUGUCCCCACGCAGCUGUUUGAUACUUGUAAUUUUAGAUUUCAACAACGUAAAAUAAUAUGAAAACGUCUCUGGUUUACAAAGUGUAAAAUCUUCUACAAGCCAAUGGAGUCCUUGAUUUCCUACCUCACUGUACACUCGACUGUCUGCCAUCAGUGUGCACACGUCCAAUUUUUUUUUUGCUUUAAAUGUAACUGUAAAUAUUUGCUUUGGAAAGUUACUUAGCAUUUCAUGAUAAGACCCAGUUCUCUCCUCAACGUAAAGAUACUUUUUAAGACACUUCCUUUAAAUUUCUUUCUACCUUUGAACGUUUAGCAUUAAGGGUUAAUUUUAAUGGUGUUUGGUAAUUGGCCAAGUGUAAUAGUUCUUAAAAUUUAGCAUUACUUUUAACAGCCAGCAUAUAAUACAAGUAACUACACUACCUCAUUCCUGUGUGAUUUUCGAGUUGUAUUGGAUGGACAGGAAAGAUUUUACCUUUGUCUUUGGCCAUGACGUGGGUAAGUUGUCUGUAUAUUGCAUAGCAUUACACAUUUAUGCCUAUUUUAACGUGAACUUUUAGAGACUUUUUUUUUCUAAGAAAAUUUGUUUUAAGGCAAUAUUUUUUUUUUGGGAGGGGAUGCCGAAGACAAAUGAUAGGAUCAUAUGUGUACACAUAUGCUUUUUCCUUCAUGCAGAGUUUUGAUGAUGUUUUUCAUUUGUUAUUUGCAUAUUCCUGCAAUCAUUGCUCCUCGUUGUAUGAUCCAGCCUUCUCAAUGCCUGGUGAUUUCUUUUAAGUUGUCAUGUCUGACUCAGUACAAUUAUGUCCUCUUAAAUUUUUGCCCCUUAUUUGACUCCUAUAGCUGCAAGCACAUAAUUUGUUAAAUUCUUAUGUUCAGAAUAAAAAUGGAUAUAACUUUGGUUGUCCAUCAGCAAGCAUUAUAACAAUUUGCUGUAGCUUGAUGCUUAGCCAAUUUUAAGUCAGGAAUUCAGCAUAAAUGAUGUGUGGGUAGUGGAGAUGGCGUGGGGACACGCACCCACGUUAACAACUUGGGACAAAAGAGAAGCAAACGGCGAUGUCACAGUGAAUUCUCAGGUGAACCUUUCGGUUACAAAAACAUCUAUUUUGAAUUUGUAAAUAUUUUAACUGUUUUAUUAAAGCAUGUACUAAACUAUUCUUUGACACCUGUUCGGUAGAAUGAAAAUUUAAAGCCAUAAUGGUAAAAGAUGGCAUACUGAUUGUAAAAUAAACAAAUAAUAAUAUUGAUUUUUUUGUAUCUUUCAUAAUAUAAUUUUUCUAACUGCAAUAAAACCACUGAACUUAUAUAUUCAUGUCCUAUUAAGCCCAUGUUUCAUUAGAAGUAUACUUUAUAAUAUUUCAUUUACAUUUUCUUCAUAAUAGGCUUGUUUAUGUGUCAGAUAUAAAUAGUAGAUGCUGACGGUGGACAGAUAGUUCAAUAAAGUUCCUAAUGCUACCUUU